GAGGUCCAGCUUUUCUCUGUGUCAUAUACCCUAUUAAACAUGUUGCUUAAUACAAUUGCAGUUAAAAAUUGGACAAAUAGCGAGCAAGUCUAAAAAUUAUUAGAUUUAGAAAGUGACAAACAAUUCGCUAAUUUCCUCGAUCAUUGAUUCUUAAAAGCUCUUCUCUACGCACACGCGUUUCGUCACUCAUCUUACGGGUUAUGUUCCGAAUAUUCUCCGUUUCUUAAUAAAAAUUAAUAUACGAUUUUAUGUCAAGGUGUUAAAACAGGAAAAGUCCUUUUAUGUGACAAGUGUUUCAACUUUUAACGAGUACUUGGACUAUGAAACGGUGCCUUAAGAUUUUACAGUCGUAUCAUCUUUUCGGAUAUUUACCAGCAUUUUUAAUCAAUUAUUGAAAAACAGAAUAAUAGAACCACACGUAAUGUGUUAAAAAUUGAACUGCUACAAUGUACAGAUUAAUACAACAAAGAUUGUUUUCUCUGAAUCAAAAGACAGUAGUCCUUUCGCACACGUGUAUCAAACAACAAAUACAAUGGGCGAGCAGAGUAGAAAAGAACACAGUUUCAAACAUUAAAAAAUACUGGUUUGACAAAUACAUUGAUUAUAUUAAGAAUUAUGACCACGUAUUCGAGAAGAAUUUCCCAAAGACGAUGCACGUGUAUCGUAUAUUCAGCAUCGGUACCAAAGACUUUACCCAAGAUGUAAAAAAUUACGUCUUGAUACUGAAAAAGCAGAGUGUCGAUGGGGUUGAUACUUUGACCACCGACGAGCUGAGGUUGACCCACACAGUGCCUAAAGACUUCUCAAAGAUAUGCCCCGUUCUAUUACUAUCUGCUCUCCCUUUUACGAACUACAUCAUCUUUCCCUUGGCAUACUAUUUCCCAAGGUAUUUGCUAACUUCUCAUUAUUGGACGUUACAACAAAAGUUGGAUUUUAUGCUGUCGGAUCAUAAGAGACGAUUAAGGCAUAACAGGCCGCUGUUCAGAUGCAUGCAAGCAGAGCUUCAGAACAUUAAGAGUCAAUCAUUAAGAUUGAAGUGGAGCGGGAUAAUGGCAUGUCUUGGCAGUGGAACACAUCCUAACGUGAACGACGUUAUUGCCUGCUCUGAAUUGUUUGCUAAUCAACCGUUCUCGUUAAACAGUCUUAAAAGAAAACAUAUAAACGAAUUACUUGGCAUACACGACAUGUCUUCGUGGAGGCCUUUUAAAAAGAAAAAACUAAUAGAAAGAGGCAUGCUAAUAAAACAGAUGGACCAAGCUAUACAAAGGGAAGGUGGAAUCAAUGAAAUGUCUAACGAAGCAAUGCGUUGGGCACUUUCGUUCAGGGGUGUAAAUCCUGCAAAUAUGUCGUUAGAAAGUAUGAAAAACUGGCUUGAGCAGUGGUUUGUAAUAUCGAACACAGUGAACGAAAACACGAUAUCGUUAUUAUUACACAGCCCCGUAUUAUUGGCAUACAAUCAUCCCACUAACUGGACCCUCGUGUACGGUUAAAACAGUACCACUUAAUAUAUUUUCUCUUUAUUGUAAAAAGAUGUGUAAGAAUGGUAACAAUACAAAGUUUAAGUAUCGUG